AGAGAGUUGAUUUGACUGGAUUCAUGCUGCUGUGUUGAAGGCGAAUAUCGGAGCUGGGUCCGGGCGCUGCAGUGGCCGCCCAGCACUCGAACUGCUUUCAGUAUUCAUUCGGCUUAGAAUAUUUAUAAAGCUACGAUUUCGGUGAACUCGUCGGUCGAGUAACUGUUCAACCCGCCGACUGUCGGUGCGCGCGAUCAGCUAAUGUUGGUUAGCAACUGGUGUAUAAUAUGAAUUUCAGGCAACGCAGUCGGAGCUGCAGUGCCAAUCAAGGUAUCGGUGAUUAUUAGUCAUACCGAACCGAACCGAUCCUAAUUAACCGGGCUGUCAGGAAUCAGCAAUCCUCACAGGAAGAUCCUAUUCUCUCUGAAUGAGAACAUUAUCUAUCUCUCAGAGCAUUACGGAUUUUUUCCUCCGGAUGUGAGCACCAGCUAGUCGGUUAAGACCAGGCGAUAUCGUCAGUUAGCCUGUUAGCUACCUAGCUAACUGACUUAACCACGCCAAACUUUUUGUCCUUGGCUGCUUGAUCUGAAAUUCACUACAUGUAAUAAUAUAUACAUGUACAUUCUUACAUGAUCCGCCAGCAUUUUCAUAUUUAAGGACCUACUGGAUUUUCUGGCCUAACUUGUCUCAAGUUUCGACUUUUUUUUUUUUUAAAUAGACUCUCUUUUUCUAAAUUGUAUUAGAUAUACACAAAUUCCAUUUUGGUUUUGUGGUACUCCUGGAGGGGGGGAAAAACAAACCAAACAAAACAAUAGCAGACUUGAACACUUAGCCUGCUGUAAAGGUUGCUAGUCAGCUAACAUUAGCAAAGAAAGUGCGCUUUAAAUUUCUAAUCGAAGGAAGGAGGUGUGAUUAUUAAAUCAUUUCUUAAUUUCAACCGGAAAAGGGGAACUUCAUGAACAGGACAAACUAACUAACUAUGACUUGACUAGUCCGGAUUUCCAGCCUUGCGGUGCAAAGCUCGCUAAAGUUAGCUGAUCUGGCAGUGGACUUCGGACACAAAACACCACCACCAUCACUACCACCGAUGUCACUUUGGAUUGAAAUUUUUCGAGCCGUGAACUAGUAAACAAUUCAACAAGACUGAGAAUGACAACACGGACUCCAAUGCUAUCAGUCAUCGAGCAUUCAUCCAGCCAGGCUCACUCCGACUCUAAGGCCGGCGGUCGCUCCAACAUGCCCCGCGGCCGCAACUCGCUGGCCACCGCAGCCGACGAACAGCCGCACAUCGGGAAAUACCGGCUGCUGAAGACCAUCGGAAAAGGGAAUUUCGCAAAGGUCAAACUGGCUCGACAUGUUCUCACUGGCAAAGAGGUGGCUGUAAAAAUCAUAGACAAGACCCAGCUCAACUCCUCCAGUCUCCAGAAGCUCUUUCGGGAAGUGAGGAUCAUGAAGCUGUUGAAUCACCCAAAUAUUGUGAAAUUGUUUGAGGUGAUAGAAACCGAGAAGACACUUUACCUGGUUAUGGAGUACGCCAGCGGAGGAGAGGUGUUCGAUUACCUCGUCGCCCAUGGCAGAAUGAAAGAGAAAGAAGCCAGGGCCAAAUUCAGACAGAUUGUGUCAGCAGUGCAGUACUGUCACCAGAAGUGCAUCGUUCACAGAGACCUGAAGGCUGAAAACCUGCUUCUGGACGCGGACAUGAACAUAAAGAUCGCUGAUUUUGGCUUCAGUAACGAGUUCACGCUGGGCAACAAGCUGGACACGUUUUGUGGCAGCCCCCCGUACGCCGCUCCAGAGCUCUUCCAGGGAAAGAAGUACGACGGGCCAGAAGUGGACGUGUGGAGUUUGGGCGUCAUCCUGUACACGCUGGUCAGCGGCUCGCUGCCUUUUGAUGGGCAGAACCUGAAGGAGCUGCGCGAACGUGUUUUAAGAGGGAAAUACCGAAUCCCGUUCUACAUGUCCACAGACUGUGAGAACUUGCUGAAGAAGUUUCUUAUUCUCAACCCCACUAAAAGAGGAAGCCUUGAGCAGAUCAUGAAGGACCGGUGGAUGAAUGUGGGCUACGAGGAGGAGGAGUUGAUGCCUUACGUUGAGCCGCAGCCCGACUACAAGGACCCCAAGAGGACAGGUCAGCACCCUGGCAAUGCAGGGGGUUGGAAGAGAGAUAUCAUGCUACAAAUGGGAUACGCUCAAGAUGAGAUCCAGGACUCCCUCGUCAACCAGAAAUAUGAUGAAAUCAUGGCAACUUAUCUAUUACUGGACUAUAGGAAUUCAGAGUUGGACGAACUCUCAAUAAAGCCCCGCCCAAGCAUUGACCUCACAAACAACGCCCCAUCACCUUCUCACAAGGUACAACGCAGUACCUCCAACCAGAAGCCACGCCGAUGCACAGACCAAAGUUUGUCUGUGUCGGUUAAGCGCUCUCAGGGCGACAGCAAGAAUGUCGCUGAAGACUACGGGAGGAAAAGCUCAGGCAGCUCCGCUAAAGUUCCCCCAAGCCCGCUUACUACAGUCGACCGAAAGAAAACCCCGACCCCGUCCACCAACAGCAUCCUUUCAACUGGUACGAGUCGUGGGAGAAGCUCUCCAGGUGCUGAGCGAUCGACUCUGGGUGUACAGAAUGGCAAGGACAGCACCGUUCCACAAAGAGUUCCAGUGGUGUCUCCCUCAACCAACAACAUAAGCAACUCCACGGUAGCAGACCGCACCAACUUCCCCAGAGGGGUGACGAGCAGAAGCACUUUCCAUGCAGGCCAGCAGAGAGCCUCACGUGACCAGCACGCCUCAACCUACAACGGGCCCCCGGCCUCCCCGUCGCUGUCUCACGGGAACAGCCAGGUCCGUCGCACUGGUACUGGCAUCUUCAGCAAAUUCACCUCCAAAUUUGUGCGCAGAAAUCUCUCAUUCAGAUUCCCCAGAAGGAGUCCGUAUGAGGGAGAGGGUCGAGAUGAGGCCAGCAGACCCAUGUUGAGCACUGCAGAAAAGCUGGAGAAAGGCACCCAGGGAUCAGCAGGGGAUGAGAACAGGGACUCGGUGUCGUCCUCCUCUCCUGUGUCCAGCACGCCGUCAUCCACACAGUCCUCCAAGGACAUCAAGCCGCGUUCGCUGCGCUUCACCUGGAGCAUGAAGACCACUUCGUCCAUGGAGCCCAACGAGAUGAUGAAGGAGAUCCGGAAAGUUCUGGACUCCAACAGCUGCGAUUACGAGCUGCGCGAACGCUUCAUGCUGCUGUGCAAGUCAGGGAAUCCUUCACGUGAUGACUUUGUUCAAUGGGAGAUGGAAGUGUGCAAGUUGCCCCGCCUCUCCCUCAACGGCGUGCGCUUCAAACGCAUCUCGGGCACCUCCAUCGCCUUCAAGAACAUCGCCUCGAAGAUUGCCAACGAGCUGAAGCUGUGAGCGUUGAAGCAUUAUUUGGGGAAGAAGUUAAUACCGAAUUGUGGCAGAUGUGAGAGCUGUAGCCCAGAUGUGCGUUAGGAGAAGAGUGGCGCCAUCAGAAGUGGGAACAGCGAAGAGUUGAAAGACUGUAAAUGAAGCAGGAUGGUUAGCACAGUCUGGUGGGGGAGGUUGUGUGUGUAUAGAUAUUUUUGAGGGCCACCAUGAUUUUUUUUUUUUUUUUUGUGGGAGGUAUUUCCUUGGUUUGGUUUCUCUGUCCCCAGAUCACUCCCCACCCCAACUGUAUUUUGUUGUCCUCUUUUAUUUGUGACAAUUUUUUGUUUCCAGUUUUGUGGUUUCUCCUUUCUCCUCCGUCAUUUUCUGUUUCAACAGUAUAGUGAUGGAGGAAGGACGUUUCUGUAAUUCUCGAACUGAAAAGUGUUUGCUGGUGGUUUUCUUAUACUACAAACUCGAACCAGCAACUGUCUCAACACGCUGUAAUCCCCAUCUCCAAAGUUACUUGAUUUUCUUACUUCCAGUUCCAAAUUACUGUUUCUGAACAGAGAGGUAAAUUGGUGGUUUUGACACUGAAUGUACAGCACGCUUAGUGACGGGCAACUGAGACUGAAGUACGACGCACAUUUAGUAGAGCCAUAGUGAAGUUUGAAUAUUCACUCAUCUUGCUGUGGUUCACAUUCUCAGCCUCCACACUCACGUGUACAUCCCAGUAACGUGUCGUAUCGGAUCGGAUCUGAUCUGAGAUGGAAGUGCAGACUUGAAUCCUCAGUGCUCUGGAGGUGGAUCAAUCAGAUAUCUCACUGCACUCUAAGCCCAGAUAAUUAGGAUUUUUUUUUUUUUUUCCUCCUGUUCCUGCUGCACGGGUCAUAUUUCAAAAACUAAUUAAGGGCCAAUUAAGUAAUUAUUGGUGGAUUGUAGUGUAAUUAAAAGUUGCUGGUUGGUUUCAAUGUGCUGCACUGGAAUGAGUCUGUUUUGUGUUGCCUUUUUUUCUGGAGAAGAUUAUAUUAUAUGAAUAAAACAGUUGGAUGAU